AUGGAACUACAGACGACGCGAUCGAGCAGCCACCACGACCACCAUGUCGACACCACCGGCGACGUCGUCACCGAGUCGAACGACACCACUCACAGCCGCACAGGGCGGUCGUCGACGUCUCGACACGUGUUGAAACUCGUCUGCGCCGGAUUCUCUUUCUUCUACGCCGGGACAAACGAUGGCACCGUCGGUCCUCUCAUUCCGUACAUGUUGCGCAGAUACCACGUCAGCACUGGUCUGAUCACGGUCAUAUACGUGGGUGCGUUCGCCGGUUGGUUCACGUCCGCCCUCACCAACACGUCCCUGACGACGACACUGCGCCUGUCCCUGGGCGCAACACUCCUCCUCGGCGCCGGGUUGCAGCUCCUCGCCCAGCUGCUCCGGUUCUGGGACCCCCCGUUCCCCCUGUUCGUCGCCACCUUUUUCCUCACGGCCCUCGGCCAGGCGUACCAGGACUCGUACUCCAAUGCCUUUGUCGCCAAGGUGCCCCGGGCCCAUCGGUGGCUCGGCUUCAUCCACGCCAUGUACAUGCUCGGCUGCCUCACCGGGCCCUUUGUGGCGACGCUGGUCUCCAGCCACACCCACUGGUAUCGUACCUACGCCGUCGAAGCGGGCCUCGGCGGUUUGAAUCUCGGUUUCGUGUUCGUCGCCUUCGGGGACGACAUCUUGGGACGUUGGAAGAAGAGGGCCGUGGAGGGGAGAGAGUCCGGAGCGGUGGAAAACGAGGACGGCGCUUCGUCCGGUGACCGGCAUGGUCACGACAACACCCGAGCCCGAAACAAACGAGCCAUCAAGGAGAUGCGACAGACUCUACGUCUCCCCUCGGUCUGGCUCGUCAGUAUGUUCUUUUUCUUCUUCCUCGGGGCCGCCAUCACAGCUGGAGGCUGGGUCGUCGAAUAUCUCGUUCGUGUUCGCCACGGCGACCUGUCUUCCGUGGGAUACGUCCCGACGGGGUACUAUGGCGGAGGUUUCCUCGGUCGGUUACUGCUCGCCGAACCCACCCAUCGAUUCGGUGAAAGACGAAUGAUUCUUCUCUACAUUGUCAUUUGCGUUGCUCUACAGGUCAUGUUUUGGACCAUACCAAACAUCGUCGCCGGCGCCGUCUUGUACUCUGCUCUGGGGUUCUUCUCGGGUCCUUUUUUCGUCAGUGGAAUCUCGGUGGCUUCACAACUCUUUCCAAAAGCCAUACAAACGACCGCACUAGGUUUCGUCUUCGUCAUCGCUCAAAUGGGAGGAAGUCUCUUCCCUACCGUCACCGGAGUCAUCGCCGCCAACGCGGGCGUCAAGGUCCUUCAACCGAUGCUGGUUGGGCUGUUUGUCCUGGUCGGAGCCAGUUGGUGGUUGGUACCACAGGUUGAAAAGGAGAGAGAAAGACAUGAUUGAAUAUGGUGUAAAUGGAUCAGACCAUUGUCAUCGUCAUUACAGUAUAUACACCAGCCCUCCCAAACUUAGGUAGGUAGACAGGUUACCCACUGUCCGUGCGUACAUGUGUAUGCCCAUUCUGAACCAACCCUGUUCAAAAAGUGUCGG